UCUUCAGUAUAUUAUGAAAUUUGAGACGUGGUUUCGGUAUAUUUCUGAGGGUCAGACCGUGUAUUUUAUCGACAAAUUUGCGGUCACACUGUGUUUUAUUCAUUAACAAAUGCAACAUUAAUAACAAAAUGGUUAGCAGAAGCGUAGAAAGUACGAGUAAAGUGCCGACAUUCCAUGUCAUAAGGGAGGUAUACGACAGCUCCAACGCCCAUGAGCGUUUCGAGGCAGAGCUGGAGAAGGCGCUGGAAGCCAAGGUAGACUUUAUUAUCAUUGAACCGCAGCGCCUGGGCGACGAAACAGGUCGCUGGAUUUGGGUUGGUAAUUGUUUGCAUAAAUCGGCCGUGGCUACCGGAGCUGUAUCGCUUGUAGCUAGUUUGCUGUGGCACGAUAGGCCCAUUGUUGCGGUCCCCAUCUGUGGACUCUCGCUCUUCUGCGCGGGCCUGUACACGGUAUCCUGGAAUUCGGAUCCUUGUUGUCAAUAUCAGGUGGAGAACAACGACACCGUUUUAGAGAAGCUGCCACUUACAGAUGUAUCCUCGCCUGUGAUCCUGGGCUAUGCGUCCAACUCAAAAACCAAAUACUUGCACCGCGGCGUCGCCUUCCUGUCGGCUGCGCUGUGCGCUUGGCAAAUCUGGCGGUCAUAUAAGUAGACAGCGAGGUAAGGGCCGCCAGCAGAGAGACAACAGCAUGAGAAUUACACAAUAUUUAAUAAGUUUACUUUAGUGACCUAAGCAAAUGCAUUUUAUUUAGAUAUCCCAACGUUUCGUUCGUACUAGUAACCAGUCUUGUGUCUUGUGCCUUGUGUUGCCAGGCACAUCACAUUUUAUGUGAUUGAAAGUGUAAAUUGUCGUAUGUAGUGUAAAAGUCUCAGUUGUUGUCCAGAAAGAUCGCCUCCAGGAAGCCCAGGAGCUCGCGACUUCAUGUCUUAUUUUCGAUGUAUCACGAUAUAGUUUUAGGAGCAAAGUCUUAA